AUGGUAGCUGUUAUUAAUCAAUCUUUCGUUGAGCUAUUAUUCUUAAUUGUGGCAUUUCUAGGAGGUAUAUCAUGCCUUUGUCGCCCAGAUUAUAAUUUACCAUUAUUUACCUUUGUAUGGUGGAGCUAUUUUAAUUUACCUGAAUUCCGAAAGAAUCAGCAUCAAAGAUAUAUUCGAAGGUUUAUCUUAUUAUCUUGUAUCCAGGAUAUAAUUUAUAUUAUUUAUUGGACUCCUUUAUGGUUUUCAUUUCAAUGGAAAACAAAUGAACCUUCUACAUUUUCUUGUCAUAUACUAGUUACAAUAUCUAGUAUAAUAAAUGUAUUACUUAAAGUUACAAUACUCUUCAUACUGCGGGGAGGAUCAGGAUCUAGUAUAGUAACUGUAACGAACAUAUUAUAA